AUGGGUCAACUGCCCGAGGAUUCGGACGACGAUGUGGAAGCGGCGUACAUCUCUAGCGAUGAGUCCGCCCAUGCUGUGGACCUCGCUGAGAGAUUACGAGUAAAACCCUCAAGGGAUAUUUGGGAACUAGAUGAAAUCAACUAUUCUUUGGAUCAACUACCACACGCUGAAGAAAUAGCAGCUUUGAUAGAUACCGGACAAUAUGAACAAGUUAUAUCUUUUGCAAUCCAAACAGACAAAAGCGUAGGAGUUGUGACUGCUGGACUGUGGGCCUGCUGGCAAGGAAGGAGUUCUUUACUAGAAAAAUUGUUACGUUUAGGAUUAGAUCCGAACUCUUCAGACGAUGCUGGCAGGACUUGUUUACAUUUGAGCUGUUUAGUAGGGAGCGAAGAAUGUGUCAAAUUACUUCUAUAUUAUAAAGCGGAUCCUAACAGAUGGGAUACAUCGAGUGAAAGGAGGGCCACACCUUUGCACUGUGCUGCAAGCGCUAAAUCUUUAGCUUGCGUAAAGGUGUUGUUAAAUCACGGCGCGGACGUGAACGCAGGUCUAACCGAACGGUCUCCGUUACACUAUGCUGUGCUGAGUGACGCAGCGGAAGUCGUCCAGUUAUUGUUGGAAGCGGGCGCUUGUCCAGAUACACCACAGGUCUUUACAGAAACUCCGCUACACGUGGCAGCUUCUUUAGGUUCACCUUUGUGUACUAAACUCUUAUUAGAAGCAGGGGCUGACGUUCGCGCUGCCCUAGGUCCUGGUAAAGCAACUGCGUUACAUCUAGCUGCUGAAGAUGGUCAUGCCGAGUGUGCUCGGCUCCUUCUUAACCAUGGAGCUCGAAUUGACUGGCCCAAUUUUAGAGGACAGACUCCGCUUCAUCUUGCGGCUUUGGCUCAAUCUGUGGAAGUAGUAGAGUUAUUGGUAUCAAGACGAGCAGAUGUUAAAGCUAGGGAUAGUGAUGGCCGGACUCCUCUUCAUGGUGCCAUAGUGAGAGGAGCUCGCGCGUGCGAUGUGGCCAGAUUACUGUUAUCAGUUGGCGCUGACCCUAACGCUCCAGACAACUUUGGAUAUACUCCAUUACAUAUAGCUGCUCUUAAUGAAUUUUCAGCUUGUGUGUUAUUGUUGCUUGAUUACGGCGGUGACGUGACACUACGCACGAAUGGCGGCGUUUCAGCCCUUUCAUUUAUAGUACGUCGUGUGCCAGAUGUAAUCCCCCGUUACCUGUGCAAGUUUGAUGACGCCGUCCACGUAAGCGAGCACGAAUUGGGAGACGUGGAUUGCGAACUCACUAUCGACUUUAGGCCGUUGGUACCAUGCCUUUCUAGGGGAGAAGCAGAGCUACUAUUGGCAUUUAUCGAGGUUGGGCGGAAAGACGUUUUGAAACAUCCUGUAGCUGAAACAUUUUUGUUCUUGAAAUGGCGUCGUAUACGAAAAUUUUUCGUUUUAAGUUUUAUUUACCAUGCAUUAUUCAUAUCGUUAUACAGCAUUUAUAUUUUACAGAUAUAUCUCUGUGAAGACGUAACAUGUGAUGUACCAGCGUAUGUACGACCAAUUCAGUAUCUCAUUAUCAUAUUAAAUCUAUGUUUUAUGUGUAAAGAAAUAUUUCAAGCAUGCUUAGAUUGGUCGGCUUAUAUUCGUCAAUGGGAAAAUUGGCUACAAUGUUUGAUUAUUCUUGGUGUCUUUUUAUGUACAAUCCCUUGGGGUAUAGAUAAUGGCGUAGUAAUUAAAGGGAAUACGUCAAAUUGGCAGCAUGAUAUUGCAGCUGUCACUAUAUUCUUUUGUUGGCUCGAACUAAUGAUGAUCAUCGGCCGGUUUCCAACAUUUGGUUUAUAUGUCCAAAUGUUCACAACAGUUUCUGUAAAUUUUGCCACAUUUCUCCUCGCUUAUAGCUGUCUUUUGAUAGCAUUUGGCCUGGCAUUUAGUGUUCUAUUUAGUAAUUAUCCAGCUUUUCACUUGCCGGCUGGAUUCGUAAAAACAGUGAUGAUGAUGUCUGGAGAACUCGAAUAUGAAGACAUUUUUUACAAUAAUGGCGACGCUCAGAUUCAGUACCCUUUGACAGCUCAUGGGAUGUUCCUGAUAUUUGUACUGCUUGUGACCGUAAUACUGACAAAUCUAUUAGUUGGUUUAGCAGUUAGUGAUAUCCAGGCUCUUCAAGAAAGUGCUGGGCUUAACCGCUUAAUACGACAGACACAGCUAGUUGCCCAUCUUGAGAGUAUGUUGUUUAGUUCGAUGCUAUCUUGCGCACCUCGCCAACUAUUAGCAGUUCUUCGAUGGGGGGCAUUAUUGACCGCAAGUCAAACACGAACUUUAAACAUCAGGCCAAAUGACCCCAGAGAAAAUAGGAUUCCAAAAGAUUUGAUCUCAUCUAUAUAUAAAAUGGUUGCCAGUAGAAAAGUUAUAAAACGAAGUGUCCGAAGAAACAACAACUAUGAAUGUCAAAUUAAAAAGUGUAAGGAAAGUGAAGAGAAUGUUCAACAACAAGUCAAAAGGAAAAGCUACCUUUUCGAUCGUUUUUCAAACGAAGGCCAGCAAAUUGAAAGGCGAAAAAAAACUUCAAGUUCUAUAGAAAGCAGAAACAGACCAGUCUCUUUGACUAUAAGUGGCAUACAAGAAAUAUGCAUGGUCGAUAUAAAAAAUCAACUAGCGGAACUGUCAAAAAAAGUAACGAAAUUAACAGAGUCUACAGAAAACAAAUUGAAAGUAAUUGAAAACAAACUGAAUGAUAUACUACCUCCUUGA